AUGGCCACAACAUCACCUCAACAUUUGUUGGAUGACAUAAUAAACGGAGGACAAGAACAAAAGCAACAGCAGCAGGAAUUUCUGAGCUCGCUAGAGACGAUUGUUCUCACCAUCUUUCUCUCCAUUAUUAUCAUCAUGACGGUGUUUGGCAACCUGCUGGUCAUGGUGGCACUCUGCAAGGAUAGACAUCUGAGAAAGAAGAAGACUAACUACUUCAUUGUGUCGCUGGCGUUUGCCGACCUGCUGGUUGCGUUGUUGGUGAUGCCCUUCGCAGCGAUUGAGCUGACCACUGGUCAGUGGCGGUACGGAGAGAUAUUCUGUCUGGUCCGAACGUCCCUGGACGUCCUGUUGACCACAGCGUCCAUACUGCACCUCUGCUGCAUUGCGCUGGACAGGUAUUAUGCUAUCUGCUGCCAGCCGCUGGUCUACAGACACAAGAUGACCCCAGUCAGAGUGGCAGUGAUGCUCAGUGGCUGCUGGAUCAUCCCCACAUUCAUCUCCUUUCUACCCAUCAUGCAAAGCUGGAACGCCAUCGGCAUCGAGGACAUUAUUGAGGAGAGGCACGCCUUGGCAGGAGGCUCCAACGACACCAGCUGUGUGUUUCUGGUCAACCGGCCGUAUGCCCUGAUCUGCUCCACUGUGGCCUUCUACGUCCCGUUGGCUCUCAUGGUCCUGGCCUACCAGCGGAUCUACGUCACCGCCAUGACCCAUGUGCGGCAGAUCGAAACACUACAGCGGGCCGGCUCUGCUCCCGUCACCGGGACGACUCCAGUUAUCACCGUGAGGUCCUCCACUUCCUCAGAUCCAUCGGAGCACUACCGCCUUAGGACAACAACGAGCUCGUCCUGCUCAGAGCACGCUCCUAUAGCGAACAGCCGCAUGCGCGUUGAGACUAAGGCGGCAAAGACGCUGGCGGUUAUAAUGGGUUGUUUCUGUCUAUGCUGGGCGCCAUUUUUCAUCACCAACGUGGUGGACCCUUUCAUCCAUUACUCAGUGCCCUGGCAGCUGUGGACAGCGUGGCUGUGGCUCGGGUACAUUAACUCAGGGUUGAACCCUUUCCUGUACGCCUUUCUGAACCGGGCAUUUCGGAGGGCGUUUCUGGUGAUUCUCUGCUGUGGGGAUGAGCGGUACGCACGGCAGGGGAGCUACUCCUAUGGACACACCCAGAGGGCGUAUUCGCCCGCAUCGGUCAACGGGACGUCUAUGGCAUUGAGAUUGUCCUUUCUGCCAAAUCGGAGUUACAGCGACAACGGGCGGACGAUACUGGCCAAUGAGCAGGAGUCCCACGACUCUCUUGGACCACUAUGAGGAAGUCUCCACAGAGCUGUGACAUCAUCAGCUGAUGUGUGGGACCUUUGAGUCCGCUCAGAGACCAAGACUUCUUGGCCUGUGUAAUCUCAACAGUCUACUGUGAACUGACCAGAGACUGAAGCUGAGAUUAUCUCACCUGAAUAUUCACUGUAUGAUCCAGAUCCUUUCUUUACAUCUCUGUUGAUCAUGUCCAGGGUGAGAGGCACUAUUGCUGGCCAUCAGAUAAGAGCAGAAGGUCAGAUCUGACUCUUGGUGACUCAAAAUUAGAUUAAAAAAUGAACCAUAUUGGUGCAGAACUAAAGCACUACCUGCAUCCAUGGACUGAAACACUGCCAAUAUUUUUCCAGGCUCUCAUUGUAAAACCCAGAAAACUGUUCUUCUCAGUCGGACAUCUGGAUCACAGGAUGUGAAGAUGAAGUCAAAGGUCAAGCGCCACGGAUUUCAGAAACCACAGCAGACUACAUGCCAAACUCAGGCUAAAACGAUGAGAGAAGCAAGAGGCCUCUUCUGCUUUUAAACCUCUAUUAUGGCAUCCCUGCAUAGUUAUAACAGAGGUGUCUGCCUCAGGUGACUGCAGGUAUUAUAGGAUUAAAGUUCAGCUAAUUGUAGAGCUGUUUGUCUUGUGAUUUACCAGCAUUGACAGCACUCUGAAACGGCUGAAUGUAAUGUCAAAAGUACACGUGUUUUUUGUAUCCUUCAUUUCAUAUAGGUGUAAACAAACCACCAGUCUGGCAGUUUGAAGUGAUGAAAUACAGCAUCAUAUAACACCUUAUCAUUGACCUUUGUGAUGAAACACUUGCCUAAACCUUUCAUGGCACAUAAAAUAUUGUUGCACUUUCCUCUGGCUGAAAGUUUAAAAUGUGUUAAAUGUUGUUCAAGACCCAUCAAUGAUGUAUUGUUGGUUUGGUAGUAGAGCUCCACAUCAAAGCUUAACUGCCAGCUCUUCCUGCAAGGAGAGACAGAGACAUUAGUAGGAAUUCACUCUUUACUUUUUAGUAAAUGAAUAAGACAUGGUUUAAAAGCACUGAAAGUACAUAUACAUAUACAAACAGACAUACUGCCAUACAUUUAUCUCAAAAAGUCUGUCUGGUAAGAAUCAUCAUGCAAUCAGCACUAUUUAUUUAAAUGCAAAUAGAGUGUACUCUGCAUGGAAAAAAAUCCCACCAGAAAUAAAUUAUAUGCAGAAUACACCUUGAAACAGGAAGAAGUAGUUUGCUUUUUUCUGACUAAAUUACAUGUGGCCUGUCAAACAAAUGCAUAAAAACACAGCAAAUGUUUCUUUCCCUUUUUGGGCUCAGUAUGAAACGUGAAACCUGCAACUGAUGGAGGAGCUAAAAACCACCCGGAUACCUGUGAUCCUCAAAUCAAGUAUCUCAUAACUUUCAUUAUUUAUGAUUAAAUAAGUAAUAGUCUAUUAUAUAUUUUAUUAUUUUGAAAUAAGUAGAAACUUUUUUUGUUCUUGAAAACUCAACACAUUUUUCUUUUCCCUUUUACACAUCGUUAUUGUGUAAACAACAACAUAUGUAAAGGAUAAGGCUGAUUAUAAUUCCCUACAAUGUGCCAGUGGGGUUCUACUGACUGGCCCACAAAUAAACAGCAGUUAAACUUUCAAAAGAGGCUGAUUAAUCCUCUAAAAGAGGUAGGCACCGUAGUUUUAGAAAAUGUUAUUCAGACAGGAGUGAGCUGGAAAUUGUCAGGGACUAUUUUCAGCCUCUGAUGUGCUGCUCUAGUGAGUACUUACAGCAGGACAGUGUACAUGGAAUUAUCAUCAUAAUCAAUUGACAAAACUCAAAGUUUUUUGUGGCACAUUAUCAGCAUUUAGGAAACAAUCAUUUUGCAGUCUUUAAAAAGGGUGUUACUAAAUUCAAAUAAAAUAAUAGUAAACUUUAUGUUCCUUGGCACAUUUGUUUUUCUCUCCAGAGUGAACUUGAAAAUGAGAAAUCCGAAAAAAUGUCAGGAAACAAUAUGAAUAUUUUUCUCAUUAGACAUGAUAGAGUAUUCAGGUCAGUGUGAAUAUCACUCAAAUUAAGGAUUAAAGACUUGUCUGCAUCUCUGAGUUGGCUUUUCAAGCAGCAUUAAGGGAUUUUUGACCACUAGAGGUCAAUAUUCAUUCUCCUUUUAGCUGCGAUUUGGUCACUAUUUUCUUAACAUGCCAUUUGUUUGAGCUUGUUUCAGGAAAAAACUAAAAUAAUGAAUAACAAGUUGCUGAAAUAGCUAAAUACAGCUAAAACUGUUAUAAAGCUGCAGUGGGUUUGGUUGCACUAGUCACACACUCACAUAACUCAGAGCAAUGUGGUUCAAAGGUAGUUUCAAUAAUGCGUCUAACCCAGAUUUAACUCUCCUCCCAUGUUUGAUGCUCACUUUACAUAUCUAAACUCUGUUUCUCUCUCUCUGUCUAUCACAACAUGAUCAGGAGAUGGACACACAGAGGUGUGAUGCCAACUCAGCCGCCUACACUCUGUCAUCACAUUUUCAUAUCAAUUUCUUUCCACAUCUCUGCCUCAGAAAACAACGGUUAACUCAUCAUCUUUCCUUUUUUAUUUUCAAUGCACAACCUCAAAGUUCAGCUUCAAAGAUGAUGAGCUGAAUGAAUGUCUUGUUACAAUGUGACAACUUUUACUAGUCCACUGCGCCCUGUAUUUCAUCUUUAUUGUGAGCGAUGGAGAUGAUGAAUAAACAGAGAAUUUGACAAGGAUGUCUAGUAAAGUUAUUCAGCUCUAUCAAAUGUGGCAAGUCUUUUGAGCCAGGCCAAUUUCUCUAGAUCUGGAUCUAAGUGUCAUAUUAAGAGUUGAUAGAGUAUUGUAGUUACAGCUGA